AAACAGAAAAGUCAGGCAUGCUCUGGCCUAGACACCAGGACACCCAAGCACAGGAGGGCGUGGUCUGUGGCAGACCCCCCGCGGAGGCGGGACUUCCGCCGAGGCUGCCGUGAGGGACAGGCCUGCCCAUGUGGUUUAGAGGCGCCCCGCUCCACCCCGCCCCGCAGCAUUCAGGUUGUCUAGGACGGUCCAGGAACCUUCUCUUCCCCACCACGAGCUGUAAGCCGCCUGGACUACAACACCCAGCAGGCCCCGCGGCCCCGCGUCUGACUUGCGCAGUAGCCUCCGUUGUAAAAUGCUAUGACAACAAGGCGAAGUCGGCUGGGAUUUAGGCUGGAGAGGGGAGGUGUCUUCCGCAGGCUGUUGGCUUGCAGCCUCACCCCUCGUAGAGCUUCCUCCGUGGUUUCAUCCUCUGUGUGAGCAUCUGGACCUGGAGUUGUUCUCUCUUGCCUUGCGGCUUCCGAGGGAUCCAUGUCGUUUCCCCUGCUCGUCUCUGGGGGAUGACAAGGGGCGCAGGAGAGCUUGGAGGGACUCACUUCAACUCCGUGGAGCUGGUGUUGCUGCUUGGCGGGAUUCUGUCUGCCUGGGGACGUGGGAAACUUCGAACACAAGACCAAGAGACGUGCCCUGCACUGGGCCUGCUGUUCCUCUUCUGUUGUUUCCUCCCUGCUUGCCAAGGCUGGGGUGCUUCUGGCCCACAGAUAGUUGAAAGUGGGGCGCCCUCGAGCUUUAAGGCACUGAACAAGCCAGGGUGAAAGAACAUGUCCUUAUUUAAGGCCCGUGAUUGGUGGUCUACUGUGCUGGGUGAGAAGGAAGAGUUCGAUCAAGGCUGCUUGUGUUUGGCUGACGUGGACAACAGUGGAGAUGGACAAGAUAAAAUCAUCGUGGGCAGCUUCAUGGGCUACUUGAGAAUCUUUAAUCCCCAUUCUGUGAAAACUGGAGAUGGGCCUCAGGCUGAAGAUUUACUUCUGGAAGUGCACCUGCGGGACCCUGUGCUUCAAGUGGAAGUCGGGAAGUUUGUCUCAGGCACCGAGAUGCUUCACCUGGCCGUGCUGCAUUCCAGAAAGCUCUGCGUCUACUCCGUCUCAGGCACAUUGGGUAAUGUAGAACAUGGGAAUCAAUAUCAGAUAAAAUUAAUGUAUGAGCACCAUCUUCAGAGGACAGCCUGCAAUAUGACUUACGGACCCUUUGGUGGUGUAAAAGGUCGAGAUUUAAUUUGUAUCCAGUCUAUGGAUGGGAUGCUGAUGGUGUUUGAGCAGGAAAGCUAUGCUUUCGGCAGGUUUCUCCCGGGUUCUCUUCUGCCUGGCCCUCUUGCUUACAGUCCCCGCACUGACUCCUUCAUCACGGUCUCCUCUUGCAGACAAGUGGAAAGUUACAAGUACCAAGUACUUGCCUUUGCGACGGAUGCGGAUAAGAAGCAGGAGACGGAACAGCAAAAACUCGGUUCUGGAAAAAGACUAGUUGUGGACUGGACUCUGAAUAUUGGAGAACAAGCUCUUGAUAUUUGUAUCAUCCCUUUUAACCAGUCUGCAUCUUCUGUUUUUGUUCUUGGUGAGAGAAACUUUUUUUGCCUGAAGGAUAAUGGGCAGAUUCGAUUCAUGAAGAAGCUUGAUUGUAGCCCCAGCUGUUUUCUCCCAUACUGCUCAGUUUCUGAAGGCACAAUAAAUACCCUGAUUGGAAACCAUAAUCACAUGCUGCACAUUUACCAGGAUGUGACGCUGAAGUGGGCCACACAGCUCCCCCAUGUUCCUGUGGCAGUCAGGGUGGGCUGUCUGCAUGAUUUGAAGGGCGUGAUAGUGACCCUCAGUGACGAUGGUCACCUGCAGUGUUCAUAUCUGGGGACAGAUCCUUCUUUGUUCCAAGCUCCAAAAGUUGAAUCAAGAGAGCUCAACUAUGAUGAACUUGAUGUAGAAUUGAAAGAACUUCAGAGAAUCAUCAAAGAUGUAAAAUCACAAGGUGUUUGGCCCAUGACUGACAGAGAAGAGGACUUGAAAGUGUCUGCAGUAGUUUCCUCUAGCCUCGAUUCUGUGUCUCAAGCCACUAAUGUUGAAGUUGGAGCCGACUCCGUUCCGUCCAUCACGGUGAAGAUUUCCCUGCAGAAUCGAGUGGUGUUGCAAAAAGUCAAAUUGUCAGUCUAUGUGCAACCGCCAUUAGUAUCGACCUGUGAUCAGUUUACCUUUGACUUCACGGUACCAGAUAUGACCAGCAUAGUUGUGUUUUCUGUUUACCUGAAGAGAAGUUACGUACCAUCCGAAUUAGAAGGAAAUGCGGUUGUUUCUUAUUCCAGACCAACAGAUCGAAAUCCUGAUGGAAUUCCUCGGGUUAUCCAAUGUAAAUUUAGACUUCCCCUGAAACUAAUUUGCCUACCAGGUCAGCCUUCAAAAACUGCAAGCCACAAACUGACUAUCGACACCAACAAACCUCCUGUCGGCCUGCCCAGCCUCUUUCCAGACUUUGCCAAUCAGUCAGAUGACGACCAGGUGAAUGUCAUGGGUUUUCGUCUCUUAGGUGGUUCUCGAGUUACUCUUCUUGCUUCCAGAACUUCUCAACGAUACCGCAUUCAAAGCGAGCAAUUUGAAGAUCUUUGGCUCAUAACAAAUGAACUUAUCCUUCGCCUUCAGGAAUAUUUUGAAAAACAGGGAAUCAAAGAUUUUGCAUGUUCUUUUUCUGGAUGUAUACCCCUUCAAGAAUAUUUUGAGUUGAUUGAUCAUCAUUUUGAGCUGCGAAUAAAUGGAGAGAAAUUAGAGGAACUUUUAUCUGAAAGAGCUGUGCAAUUUCGGGCCAUCCAGCGUCGGCUUCUAACGAGAUUCAGAGAGAAGACACCUGCUCCACUCCAACACCUGGACACCCUGCUAGACGGAACCUACAAGCAGGUGAUUGCUCUAGCAGAUGCCGUGGAGGAGAACCAAGACAAGCUGUUGCAGUCCUCCGCCGGCCUGAGGAGUGCCACCCAUUUGCUGAUCCUGCUGGUCAGGCUGUGGCAGAAGCUGAGCGCUGACCAGACUGCUAUUCUAGAAGCAGCAUUUCUGCCCCUCCAGGAAGACACUCAGGAACUGGGCUGGGAAGAAACAGUGGAUGCCGCCAUUGCCCACCUAUUGAAAACCUGCCUGUCGAAGAGUUCCAAGGAGCAGGCUUUGAACCUCAGCAGCCAGCUGAACAUACCCAAAGACACCAGCCGGCUGAAGAAGCACAUCACCUUGCUGUGUGACAGAUUAGCUAAAGGUGGGCGCCUCUGCCUGAGUACCGAUGCUGCAGCCCCGCAGGCCAUGGUCAUGCCAGGUGGCUGUGCUCCAAUCCCAGAGUCAGACAUAGAGGAGAGAUCACUAGAAGAAUCCACAGAACUGUUUACCAACCACAAGCACCUCAUCGCAGAGACCCCCGUGCCUGAAGUCACAGCCCUCCAAGGAGUUUUGGAAUAGUCAAAGUUAACGCUGACUAGUUGGAAAGAAGACAACGCCCCUUCUGAGGCUGGCCCUGUGUGGACAUUGUGCUCCUACCCUGGUGCUGUGCCGAGCUCACCCCUGGAGGUGACUUCAUGGAGAUAGGCUCAGGGCUUUUGAUUGUGCUUGGCAGGGCUUGGAAUACCACAGAAGGGUCAUCUGAAAGACGAAUCUUUUCUUCCCAGGAAAACUGUUGCUGCCUUUAGUCAUGAGUGCUUAUAGACAGAGGGAGUAGCAGAUGGCAAAGUUUGGGGACAGGCUUUAUAAUGCAGGGAUCCAGAUGUAAAAUAAUUUGAUAGCCCAUUUUUUUUUCACAGAAUUCUUAUGUAGUAAAUGUAUCAAGUUUAAUAAAGCAUAUAAUUGUCAAACAAUAACUUGGACAUAAUUUAUAAUAAGGGUUACACAUAUGAUUUCUCUGUAUUUUUUAAAAGAAACUGAAAAGUUUGCUACUCCACAGUAAGACUUGGGUGAUCUUGUUUAAUAAGUAAAAGAAGCGGUCGGAGCUGUCAAGCUCUUUGCUUUGUUGAGCUAACGUGGAAGAGGGUGGUUUCUAGUGGGUGUGAAUAUACUUUAGGAAGCGAGUACGUUAACAGUCACCCUUGUGAGUGGUGCCUUUUACAAAUCCAGGUAAUAAAGGGAGUCACACUUUUUUAUUAUUAUUAUUUUAUUAUUUAAUAAUAAUUUUAUUACUAUUAAAACAGAAUGUUUUAUGUAUAAGGAAUUGCAGAGGUUUUACUUACUUUGGGUUUUGCCUAAGUAAGGAUUCAGAUGUAAUACUGAUUAGUUAAACAUGUCCAUGUUAGUUUUCAGAUGAGUCUCAGUUAAAUCUCAGGGGAAAGGGGCUUAUGGUUUGUUUUUUUCUUAAUAUUGGAAGCAUCAAAAAAAUCAAAGGAUGCCUCAUCUGUUAUUUCCAGUGUCCUUUUGCAGGAGGCACAACAGAAAAUGUAAGAGCUGUAAUUGUCUAGCACACACAGGAGGCAGCUUCCGGCAUAGAGACCGGAACAAAGAUGUCAUGGUCUAGUGCAUGUCCCAACACUCGGACCAAGUGGAACAGCUUUCAGGAAAGCUCACCAAAGAGGUGUCCUACUUUUUGUGAGUGUGUGUGUGUGUGUGUCUAUGUCUGUGUCAGUGUGUGUGUGUGUGUGUGUGUCUAUGUCUGUGUCAGUGUGUGUGUGUGUGUUCUCUUUCCCUCCCUCCUGUCUUUUCUGAUAGUAUCUCACCACAUAAACCGAGCUGGCCUUAUACUCACGAUCCCUUUCCCUCUGCCUCCUGAGCACUGGGGUUUCCACUCCAAGCCUUGCAAAUGUGUCUCGGCAUGGUGCCACUUUUGCUGAUUGGUUCCCAUUGAUGUCUCUGUACCAUGUAUGUGAGUGACCAUGUCACUAGUCAUUAUUGCACCUCACAGGGUACACACCUGAGUACGACUGGUGAUGUUGAUUUUGUUUCCCAUUUCUGUUUCUUUGGUUUCUGCCUGACAUACACUGUUCCUUCUGUUUCCUGCUUUGGGAUCGAUUUGUCCUAGAGUUUAUUGUCAGGUUGCUUAGGUAAGAUCUCUCUCUCUCUCUCUCUCUCUCUCUCUCUCUCUCUCUCUCUCUCUCUCUCUCUUUUUUAAUAGAGACACAGGUAUAAACUUCUUUCUUGGGACUUUUUUUUAAUCCUAUAGAUCUGGACAGGUUAUAUUUUCAUUAUCACUUAAAUCUAGGGGUUUUUGUUUUGUUUUUAUCUCCUUCUUGAUUUCUGCAGUGACCCGUUCACCACUCAGUAGUGUGUUGUUUAAUCUCCAUGAGUUUGUACAGUUUCUUUUUCCUGAAGAUUUCUAGCUUCAUUCCAUUAUGGUUGGAUGGAAUACAGGUAGCUGUUUAAAUUUUCCUAUUUUUGUUGAGACUUGCUUUGUUUUCCUGAUAUGUGAUCUGUCUUAGAGAAGGUAACUUAGGAUCUUGAGAACAUUGUGUGUUCUUUGGUGUGUUCAUUGUGUUGGGUAGAACUUUCUAUAGAUGUCUGUUAGAUUCAUUGUAUUUAAUUCCAGUGUUUAUUCAGGUUUUUUUUCUUUGUAUAGGUGAUCUGUCUAAGGGUGAGAAUUGUGUAUUGAGGUCACCCACUAUUACUCUGUUGGGGCUAAUCUGGGAUUUUAAAUCUCAAAGUGUUUGUUUUACAAACGUGAAUGAGCCAAUAUUCGGCACAUAUAUAUUUAGAAUUAUAAUGUCCUCUUAAUGGAGUGAUCCCUUGAUCAGUAUUAAAUAACCCUCUUUAUCUCUUCUGACAAGAAGGAAUUUGAAGCCGGGCGGUGGUGCACGCCUUUAAUCCCAGCACUCGGGAGGCAGGAGCAGGCAGAUCUCUGUGAGUUUGAGGCCAGUCUGAGCUACAGAGUGAGUUCCAGGAACGGCACCAAAGCUACAGAGAGAAACCCUCUCUCGAAAAACCAAAAAAACAAACAAACAAAAAUGGAUUUGAAGUAAAUUUUGUAAGGUAUCAGAAUACCAGUGUCCACUGCUCUCCUAGUUCCAUGUGCUUGGAGUACAUUUUUCUGUCCUUUCACCCCAAGGUAGUGUUUGGCCUUGGCCUUGGGCGGUAAGAUGUGUUUCUUGGAGGCAGCAACAGGAAGGAUUCUGUUUUCUAAUCCAAUCUGCUAUUCUGUAUUUUGGGGUAGAGAGAUUAAGACCAAUGAUAUUUGAAGUUAUUAUUGAAAGAUGAGUAUUACUGUCUAUAAUUCUUUUGAUUUGUCGUAUUUGGGAAUUUCUUGGCCUUCUUUUGUUUAAUGAGUGUCGUGGUAUCUGAGUUUUUCUACUGUAGUUCUCUGAGUAUGUUUAUCUUUCUCUUCAGACGGAAAUAUCCCUUUCUGGUAUCCACUGUAGGGCUGGCUUGAGAGUCAUGAAUUCUCUUAGCCUGCUUUUGUCAUGGGAAGUUUUUCUUUCGUCUUCAAUUCUGACAAUAGUUUUGCCAGGAAUAUUAGACAGGUGUAGUAUUUGUGUUCUUUAAGAGUUUCAAAGAUAUGUGUAAACUCCUCUUUUUUUCGUGACAUGGAUUAAAAAGUCAGCAGUUAUUAUAAUGAGUCUGGCCUUGUAUGUGACUUGGCUUUUCUCUUUUGCAACUUUCUAUGUAUUUUCUUUGUUCUCUGCAUUUAAUGGUUUGCAAGUAAUUUGAUGUGAGGAGUUUUUAUUUUGUUCCUGCCUGUUUGGGUGUUCUGUGUGCCUCUUGUAUCUGGGCUUCCUUAAACUUGGGAAAUUGUCUUCUGUGAUUUUAUUAAAGAUGUUUUCUGUGUCUUCUGCAUGAAACAUUUCUCCUACUGGUAUGCCUUGGAUACAAAGCUUUUGUCUUUUCGUAGAGUCCCAGAGUUCUUGCACGUUCCAUUCAUACAAUUAACAAAACUGUCAUUGACCUUGACUAAAUGUUCUAAUUUCUAUAUUUUGUUUUCAUACCCUGAUAUUUUUCUCUUCCAUAUUAUCCAUUCUAUUGAUAAGAUUUUCCAUUGAAAUUUUUAUUUAACUUACGUUUUUCGUUUCCCUCAGUAUUUCUAUUUCUUUAUUAAAGUCUAUUUCGUAUCAUGGAUUGACUUCUUUCUUUUAUUCAGGUAUCUGUGGUCUCUUGGAAAAAUAUUGGUGCCUUCUUGAGUUGAUUUUACCAUAUUUGUAAUAGUUAUUUUAAAUUCUGUAUCCAGAAUUGGAUUCCAUCAUUUUGAUCAGGAUCAUUCAUUUUGAAUCAUUUGAUAAUUUUGGAGGAAAUAAUUUGUCUUGGUUUUCAUGCUACUUAGGAUUUUAUACUGGGAUCUGCCCUUUUGGGUAGCUAGGUCAUUGGUGAGAUUUGCUGUUGCCUUUGCUCUUUUCAUUCUGAUUACUUCUCUUCUUUCAGUGGUUGUAUUUUCCAUGUUCAGGAGAAACUAGGGUGUAUUACAGGUGUGGCGGCGUUUUUGUCUGUUAGUGACGAUCCAGGUACCGGGCUCUGUCUCCAGUCUGCCCCGUGGGCUGAGCACUGACUGCAGCACCAGCCACUCUCUGGUGUUAAACCAUUUUGAUAAAAGAGGAUGAGGUGACUACAAGACACCGCUUGUUAAAUACCAGUAAGUUUAGGGAGUAAAGGGGUCCCACCGGCACUGUGCAUGUUACUAUGUAAGUGUAGUGGAAAGGAAGAGGGAAGCAGUCACAGUGAUACUGGCAAUAAGUAUCAGCUAUUAGAUGGGAACCAGGAGAGUGGGACAUGCACAGGAGUGGGGAUAAUUGAGGCAAAGUGAAAAAGGUAGGAUGGAUAAAUGGGAGUUUUUGUUAACAGUAGACUUAAAAAGAGGAGGUGACGAUAUGUGCCCACAGAUAAACCAGGUCCACCACCAGGCUUUGGGAGGUGUAACAGUGACAAGACUUGGUACAGGAAAAGAGCAAUGAAGAAAGAUGGAGCGGGCGAGGGCCGGGAGAGAGGAGGUCGUGUUGGCCUGCUACAGUGCCUCACUCCAGUUCAUUAUGCCUAAGGUAUAGCUCUAAGGGGGGAGCAGAGCUUGUGGAGGCACAAAACAAUGGAAUCGCUGGCAAAUAAGGGAUGAUGUGGUGACCAGGACAGCUGGGUGUGAAUAUGAGAGACAAUGAUCCUCGUCCGAAUGUUGCCCUCCUCGCCUUGGCUGGCCUGCUGUGUUAUCGCCUUGGUUCUGGGCUGGACUGUAUUCCAUGUUGGCUUUUAUCAGUCCUGUCCUUCACUGUGGACUCCCAGGUGCCCUGUGUCUGUUUUCUUGACUCUGUUGUCCUGUAUGCUAUGGAUGGCUGAGGCAAACUCUGCUCAGCCUUCCUCCCUGCAUCCCCACAGGGUUGUGAGCAGCUGGUGGCUGUGCUGCAUCCAAAACACUGUUUAGACUUGUAUUUAGCUCAUGCAGCUUUGCCUUUCGCACUUUGGGGUGCUGAUGGGGGUCCCAGCAUUUGAUGCUGGGAAACACUUCUAUAAGAUCUCUACUGCUGCUGAUUUUGUAGGUUUCCUGGUGGGGAUCUGUCAUCCCAGCUUACCUAGGGAGAAACUCCUCCGUGGCUGCAUGGCAGCAGCUUUCCUUGCAGCCACAGCAAGAAGUCCUGCCCAUUUGGAAGAGGGUUAGAGGGAUGCAAAUAGAAAGCCGGCUUCACUGCAAUGGUCACUUCUUGUUCCCAGAGGAUAUUCCAAAGUGAAACAACAUGAAGACAUGCUGGUGGGUGUCUAAACAGGACCAACAGGGAAAAGGGAGGACCCAGGGGCCCUGUGAAACAGCCAAGCUGCAGUCCAAUUAGCAGACUCCUAACCUUAAGGUCCCUUCCAUCUAAAAGGGCUAAAAUUGUCACUUUCCCUUUCUCUGAAGCUCUUGUCUUCUGUCACCCCUGGAUGUUGAAUUCUUUGUCUCCCUCAAGGAAUGACCUCAGAAAUCCUGUAGGCAAGCACCUUUUACGCAAUGGUAGAGAAAGUUGACAAAUCCAAGUGUAGUAGAGGUUUGCCACAUGCCGAUUCCUGGACUGAAGAGCAGCAGAUGGAAUGAUUAAAUAUUCCUGUUUCCUUUAAAUCUCAAACCGUAACCAGCCAUUCUCACAUCAGACAAACAAACAAAAUUCCUUUAGAAUCUCCUACAAUGGAUUUUGGUCACUCUUCCCUCUCCCAACUCACCUCACAUCCACUCUUACCUCCUUACCUUACCAAAUUCCAAUUCUCUUCUAAGAACAGCAUUAAAAACCACUGAGUCUCUUUUGUGUUACCCAAGUCCUCUUGGGUGUGGAGUCUGCCCUGGGGUUUGGUUGACCUACUAGGGGUCAAAUUAUUAAAGAAAAUGGACUCUUCCUCUCACAGAAGCUACCAAAUGCCAACAGCUCCUCGGCUAGCAGUGAGACACUGUGCCUACCUCCGUCACUCUGUGUCGGGAUUUCUGUCUGGCUUGAGCUUUCUCAGGUCUUGUGCAUGCUGUCGCAAGCACUGUGAGUUCCUCUGUGCAGUUACCCAGAUCUGUUGUGUCUUGAAAACCCUAUUUCUUUUCAAUCAUCUAUUACCUCUGGCUCUUAAAAUCUUUCCCCCGCUUGUCUGCACAGAUCCCCAAGCCUUAGGGAGAGUGAUGUGAUACAGAUGUUCUACUUAGUGCUGUGCAUUACCCAGUCUCUUAGUCUCUGCACACAUCAGUUAUAGCUCUCCAUACAUAUUGCCAUCUGUUGCAAGAAGAAGCUUCUCUGAUGAGGUCUAUUAAUGUAACAGUAGGUCAUAGAGAAUCAUUUCAAUACUAUGUACAUUUAGGAGAAUAUUAGUAGUAGGUUCCCCCCUAGGGCCUAUGACAGCUCUAGCCACAGGUUCUUGGCCUCGUUAACACUGCCAGGUAUUGAUUCUGUCCCAUGGAGUGGACCUUACAUCCAAUCAGAAAAUGGUUUGUUGCUCCCAUAACAUCUGUGCCACAAUUGCAUUGGUGGACAUAUCUUGUCUUGGUUCUUGUGGAUCAUGGGUUUCACAGCUGGGUGAGACUGACAAUUAGUCUUCUCCUCCAAUAGUGUGCAUAGCAUCUGCAGCAGUAAUGAGAGCUAGCAAAUAGGAGUAAAGCUUCCAAGUGAGUACCAGACUGACUUGUCCAUGUUCUAAGACCCAGGUAUACGGCAUCUUCAGCAGUGGGGGUCUUAGCAUUACAUUCUGAAGAGUAACUAAGAUCAUUGCAAGUAGCCUUAUUUGUGGGGCAGUGAGGAAGGGGUCUGUGGGACCCUACUGGCCAACAACUCAAAAAGCAGUAAUACAUUCCUGAUACUGGGGUUUUCAUUUGCUAGCAUGUGGUGUCUACUUGGGUUAUUGUCCUUCCGUUACAGGGUAACUCCAUUUAAACUCUUUAUAUAUGUAUAUACAUAUAUUUCAGAAGCUUCUACCAGGAAAAUUCAAAAAAGGCUUCUCAAUUCUUGUUAAAGGCAACUUUUUUGUGUGACAAUCAUGUUAUACUGAGGUUUUUUUACAUCAAGAAGUACAUUUUCAAAGAUACAAUAAAGAAUUAAAUGUUUUGUGGAAAUCAGUAUCUUAAGCCUAUUAACACAAUUAUUUGAUGUUCCUUACAACUUGAAUUUUGAAUGUCCCCCAAGGCCCAUUCAUGUAUCCCAGUUCUAUGAUAUUAUUUAUUGGAAGGUAUGGAGCCUUGAAGAGGUGGAGCCUAGACAGAAGUUGGACAUUCAGUCUGUGCCCUUGAAAGAAACACUGACCCCCUAGCCCAGUAGUUCUCAACCUUGGGAGUGUUGAAUGACCCUUUCACAGGGGUCACCUAAGACCAUCAAAAACCAUAGACAUUUACAUUAGGAUUCAGAACAGUAGCAAAACUACAGUUAUGAAAUAGCAACAAAAAUAAUGUUAUGGUUGGGGGUCACUGAGACAUGAGGAGCUGUAUUAAAGGGUCACAGCGUUAGGGAGGGUGAGAACCACAUGAGGAGCUGUAUUAAAGGGUCACAGCGUUAGGGAGGGCGAGAACCACAUGAGGAGCUGUAUUAAAGGGUCACAGCGUUAGGGAGGACGAGAACCACUGCACUAGUACCUUUGUCUCCUCUGCCUGGCAGACAUCCUGUGAAUGAAGUUCCUCUGCCAGGCUCCCGCCAAGAUGUACUGCCUUGACACGGACCCCUGAUGCCUCUUAAUUACCUCAGAUAUGUUGCUAUAGUGACAGAACACUGACUCAUAAGUUUAACUAAAUAAUUUUAUUUUUAUAUUAAUCACAUUAACAUAGAACUCACUUUGUAUAGUCAUAUACAUAAGUAUAUAUUAGAUAUUAUAUACAUGGAAAAUAUAUAUAUAAAGUUAGUAUUAGAACAUUGCCUGGUACACCAUAUAGGUAUAUAAUUUUUAUAAGUAUUAGUUAAAAUUCUUUUAUGUCUGUUUGCCUUCUUGCUUGAGAUAGGAUCCCAUUAUACAGCCCAAUUCACUAUGUAGACUAGGCUGACCUUGAACUCAUAUAGAUCCUCCUGCUUCUGCCUCCCAAGUGCUGAGAUUAAAGGUGUGCACCAGCAAGCCCAACUUAAUUAAAAUUCUUUAAGAUAAAAAGUAUAGAACAGAAAUCUGACUUAUUACUCUUCAUGUUAUGCCCAGAUCACAGGGACCCCCAAAAUACCACCAAAGAGAACGAACCCAAUAUGUAAAAGCAAAGAGCCUUUAUUUCAAGCUUGGAGCUUGGACUCUCUGUCCGAUGCAGCAGUGAGAGCAGAGAGCCCCGAGCCCAGGCAGGGUGGGUUGUUUUUUUUUUUUUUUUUAUCAUAGCAGAGGUUGGGGUGAGAUGAUUUCUAGGGUCCAAGACCCUGAUUGGCUGACAAUUGUCUAGGGGUAUCUGUAAAACAAAAAUAGGUGUGUGCUAGAUUCAAGGACAUCUGGCCACCUUAUCUAAUGGUUGGAAUGUUUGGGAUGUCAGACACUUCCCCCAUCCCUGGGCAGAUCCCUGGGUAGUGUUAGCUUAUGGGCUUUUCCCAGAUCCGGGUGUUGUCUGUCAGUAAGCCUGUCACAGAAGCUGUGUCUGGGCCUGUCAUGGCAGCUAUGUGGUCAAGCUGUUUUAGCCACCCCCACCCCACAUUCACAUUUUUCUAUUAUAAGUGAGAAUACAUUAAUACCAACCUUUCAGCAUUAUUACAUUUAAAAUGUAAUUUCUAAAAAAGAUCAAAUAAUUUGAUUAGUGGCUUUAAAGGAUUGAUUGCUUUUUGAAAAAGGACGUCCUAGAUAUAAGCUAUAUAUCUAUCUUUCCCUGAUUUCAGCCUCCUGAUUUAAAGGCACACACCAAAUGUUUCCUCUCUCCAACAGUGAAGCUGAGAUGCCCACAGUGCUUGCUAGUCGUGUGUUAGAAAUAAAGACCAUGUGACUGUUGAACUAGUUCUGUUGUUUUGAGGGCAGCAGCCCAGUCCCAUUACAUUUGUAUGCUUGUGUAUGCACAGUCCUGGAGUAGUUCAUAAAACUGCAAGAUGCUCUGGGUUUUGAAUCAGCCAGAUAGCCUUAUUACUGCUCAAUUUGUCAGAACAACUUAAUGAAAUAGAAAAUACUUACAAAAUUGUUACUGUGUGCUGUAGGUGCAGUUUUGUGUUUAGCUUUUUGUACAGAGUCUGCUCCUUCCUUGUAACAACACGCAAGUGUGUAUGUCUAUGCAGGUAUUAUUGGCUCUGCUUUACAAAUAACAGCGUGAAGGGCUCUACAGACUAAAUAAUUCAUUAGUUAUCCCACCCUCCACGUGAAGAAGAGCUGGUGUUUUAAUCUAGUUGGAUUCUAAAAGCCCAAAUGCACAACCAUUUGUAAAUAUAUAAUUAAAAAUACAACAGAGUACAUUUUAAAACCAAACCUUCUGGUAGAGGAUGACUGCAGCUCUGCUUUCCGGUGCUGUCAUCCAUUUUAAAUGUUUGCUCUUGGGCAAACAGCAUGUCGUUUUCUGUAGGAAUGCCGUCGCUCUUAGCUGGCCAUGCUUGACCUAGACCUUGCUCUCAGUUCUCUGCUUGACUUUUCUUUUCAAUGCAAGCUUUCUAAUAUUUGGUAGUCAAAUCUAUUCAUCUCUUUUUUAUUGAUUUCUGCUUCUCAUGUCAAGCCCAUGAUGUCUGAGAGCCUUCCGCUACUUCAGUCAGAGCUGAGGUCCUGUUCAGUGCUGCCCUAGGCUUGAUCGUGUUCUUGGUGGAGAUGUGCCGGGAAAUAUUUACCAUGAAUUUUGUUUCUCUUCUGCUUUAUCUCUGGUGGUUUUAUGUGAAAUGCCUCUCAGGUUUGCCCAUUCUGUGUUACCUGUUUUCUCUAAGGGAGAACCACCAAAUAAGAGACACUACACUGCAUUCAAAACCCCUCCCACACCCCUCACCUGCAGCACAGGUGUGGACUCUGCUUUGGGAAGGUUGGCUUUCCCAGGGGUUCGCCAGUGCUCUUGUAACUAGUCUGAUGCAAUCUCCUCAGUCCUUAGGCAUGACCAAACAUGCCCAGUCCUGUGAGAGCAAGCUCAGCUUGGGCAUGCUUUCCUGCUUAAAAGGACAUCAGAGGCUGGCCAGUCAUGGAGGCACACCCCAACCCCCAGCUUCCUGGUGUUUCUCAGUCACUCUAGCCACUGGCUUGUGAAAGGGGGGGGUGGGGGUGGUUAGUUCUCAGGUGAUAGAUACCUGGAACCACCGGGCUCAGUCAGGUUUUCUCUCUCACUUGUUAUAUGUCAGAAGUUGUCUUUUCUUUUCCUGGUGGGAUUGUAAGCUCCAUGAACACAAUUGUUCUUCGUUUCUCUCUGCAAUUUAAUAAAUAUUUAUUGUACCAGCAGAUCAACUUAGCUUCUAGAAGAGGUCCAUGCCUUAUAAGAGAAGUAGAAGAGAAAUGAUUUAGAAUGUUGUCUGGGAUCUAACCUAAUUUGGUUUUGAGAAAAUCCACUGUAACUGUCCUACUAGAUUUGUUUAAAGUUGACCUUAAAGGUAAAAGCCAUUCUUUAAAAUUCAGUAUUUCAUGAUUCUUUUUCUUAAAUACUCUGGUAACUUGAUAAUUUGAACACGGGGUUCCAAUUUUAAAUAAAAAUAAUGAAAUACAACAUUGAACACUGAAAAUGAAUACUUGUCUGGAAUUUGAGUAAAGAUACAAAUUUCUACAAAGUUGACAGUUGCCACAAAUAUCACCAAAUGUAUACAAAAGAUAUUAACUGAUGCACCUUGUACAUUCUGCUGCAUCAUUUUUAUUUUGCACUUUAUUCAUCUUUUUAAUUAUAAAUAAUUUUAUGAUUGCAUUUCAUGUGCAGUAAAUUUAAAAAUAAGUGGA